CGCCCCUCGGGGAGGGAGAGCGGGUGGAGCGCGAGGUUAGCGCGCCAGCAGGGCCAGAGCCGGCCUGGGGAUCCGCGGAACCAAGCGCAACGAGCGGAGCGCCUGGGCGGCGGCGGCGACGCACGCUAUGGCUCCGGCCGGAGACCGCGAGGGCUACUGGGGCCCCACGACCUCCACGCUGGACUGGUGCGAGGAGAACUACACGGUGACCUGGUACAUCGCCGAGUUCUGGAAUACAGUGAGUAACCUGAUUAUGAUUAUACCUCCAAUUUUUGGUGCAAUUCAGAGUGUUAGAGGUGGACUGGAAAAGCGGUACAUUGCUUCCUAUUUAGCACUCACAGUGGUAGGAAUGGGAUCCUGGUGCUUCCACAUGACUCUGAAAUAUGAAAUGCAGCUAUUGGAUGAACUCCCAAUGAUUUACAGCUGUUGUAUAUUUGUAUACUGCAUGUUUGAAUGUUUCAAGACAAAGAACUCUGUAAACUACCAUCUGCUUUUUACUUUAGUUCUGUUCAGUUUAAUAGUAACCACAGUUUACCUUAAGGUAAAGGAGCCUGUAUUCCAUCAGGUCAUGUAUGGAAUGUUGGUCUUCACAUUAGUAGUCCGAUCUAUUUAUAUUGUUACAUGGGUUUAUCCAUGGCUUAGAGGACUGGGUUAUACAUCCUUGGGUGUAUUUUUAUUGGGAUUUUUAUUAUGGAACAUAGAUAACAUCUUUUGUGAUUCACUGAGGAACUUUCGAAAGAAGGUGCCACCUAUCAUAGCUGUUACCACACAGUUUCAUGCAUGGUGGCAUAUUUUAACUGGCCUUGGCUCUUACCUUCACAUCCUUUUCAGUUUAUAUACAAGAACACUUUACCUGAGAUACAGGCCAAAGGUGAAGUUUCUCUUCGGAAUCUGGCCAGUGAUCCUGUUUGAGCCUCUCAGGAAGCAGUGAUGAAUUAUUUCACCAGUAAAACGAAAUAGCACGUACCAUAGGCCGGGUCAAAUGAUUAAGGAAAUCUUUAGAGAUCUACACGUUCAAAUAUAUCAUGACCAUCGCAGCAAAGGAGUGACUUUCUGACUAAUGCUGCCAGCCAUACAGAGAAUGAGGAAUGGGGCUUGUUGGAUGUUUAGCUUGUGUCUUUAUCUCAUUUGUCUUCCUCCUCCUCACCCUCACUCUAAGAUGUUUCAAAAGAAACAGACAUGAUGUGUAUGUAUAUACUCGAAUGCUGGAAAUAUUGGGCUUUUCUUAACAGGUUAACAGUUUGUGCUGAUCAUAGGAAAUUAACCUUUUUCUCUCUUUUGACAAGGCUUGCAUGUGAAUUAAACUUUUCUUAAUAUUUGAUUAAAUAAUGAAAACAGUCAGCUAAGGACUGGCAAAACCCCAUAUCCAGAUGGCCAGCUAUGAGGCAGCACUUAGCUAUUUCAGCCUUGAUUUAUAUUUUUGUCAUAGUAACCUCAUGGAUGGUUUCCCAAGGUAAAAAAAAAGAAAGAAAAAAGAACUAUCUGUGGGAUUCUGGUAGUUCUUCAUUGUCUGCCUCUGUGCUGGUCCGAGUGUUAUAAGCAAGCUCAGACCUGCCACUGGGUUCUAUACUUGUCACAUUCCAGAUUUGCAGUGGUCUCUGGGAUGUCGUUUGUGGUCACAGCCCGGCAGGGUGGGUGGGUCAUCUUGUAACCUUUAUGAAGGCCACCAGGACACCUGUAGAAUGUUCCACCUCCACCCAGUUAAAGGUGGUUGCUCCAUUUCCUUUGCUCUUUGCAGAUCUUUAAGUUGUCACUUUUUAUGGCUAGGCAAACAUGAUUGGUGGGCAAACAUGUUUCAUCCUCCUAGAAUAACUCAUUUGAAGUUACCAGUAAAUGUCGUUAUAGUCUGACUUUUAAAAUUACGCAAUAUUUUCCAGUUUUCAGAGAGGCCAUGGUUAUGCCCAGGGAAAUGUGUUGGGUGAACUAGAGCUAAAAUGAUCAGGAUCUUAUGUACAUAAAGCUUAUUAGAAUACCUGCUCCUUCAUUUUGUUGAAGGAAAGUAAUAUAAGGGUUGAAAACAGCUCUAACUUACUUGAACUUGUAACAGAACUACCAAAAAUUAAAGUGCUAAGACAUGGCAGUGAAAUCUCAUUGUAAGGCAGCUAGUUCUAAUGUGGAUUUGAAUGUAUAACAAAUUGAAUCACGCUUCACAAACAUAACACCUGCCUGGAAUAAAAACCUGAUUUGACCCCUUUGCUCAUAUAUCACCAUAUUUGUAGCUCUGUACCAUUUAGCAUUUUUACAACUUUUCCCUGCUUAUACAUUAUUAUAAAAUCCAGAUUGUUUUUACUACAUGGUGUCAUUACCCCAGACUAAAUUCUGAGCUACGGCUUCCAAAGGAAAGUCACUUUUUUCUUAAGCAAAGGUAUAAGACACUUCUGUUGUUUUUCUAGUAUUCAGUAAGAAGCCUUGGUACAAAUUUAAAACAAAUACAGAUUUUGUUGUUUUUCUUCACUUGCUGGCCUUAGUUUUAGUCCAGGUACUCUUUUCCUUACUUUAGCAUGCCAACAUGCCAUUAGGCAGAUACUUCCCACCUGCUUUUAUGAUCCUCCAGCAAGAAAAACACUUGCCAAAAUAUAAAUCUAAAAGAACUUUGGUUGUGCCUUAGGAAAAUAUAAACUAAACAGUUCCAACACAAGCCUGUAAGACUGUUCUUUAUUUUGCCACAAGAUUCUGGAGUCUGGCUACAUUCGUGUGCAACUACGUAGGCUGUCAGUCAUCUAACAAUUUUUAAUGAGUUCAUUUGUUUCACACCAUUGUCGUUUUUGUACUUUUCACUAAGAAGUAUUUCUGUACAAAGAAUCUGUAUAAAAACAAAGGUACAUCCUUCCUAACAAUGCUAAACGCUGUGAGGCUAAGGUUUUGCAGUAUUAAGGCCGGAUUAAGGGUACAGAGAGCAUGCCCUGACACUGAGGCCCUUUAGAGCAGUUUGUUGAAUGAGCAGUUCAGCCACUGCCACCUGUAGUUUCUUAUUGAAUAAAGCUGUCCAGCACCUUAGAGACUCGUAACACUGUGGCCAAGUCUUCAAAGACCCUUGUUUCUGUUGUAAAAACAAACGGCAUGAAACUGCUCAGCAAAGAAGUUUUAGAAGGGUUGAGCAGAAAGCAGAGACUAAAUCCAGGCUCUUUAAUUUUCCAAGUUAGUUUUUGUCUCACACAUGGCUCCCUUUUUAGCAACCUAAGUAUUAGCACACUCAAGACUGUAUCUGUGCCAUGUCAAGUAUUGUGGAAAUACUGGGGACCUUUAGGAUAUUGCUAAAUUGUCUUUAUUUCAAUAUGGCUUAAUUUUUUUCCUUUCUAGGACUCUGGGUUGUAUUAUUACAGGGUUGGAUUAUUACCGUUCCCCCACACACACACUUUAUUUUCUUGAGAGAGUCGCUGUUAACUAGAGUGUACAAAAGGACCUGUUUCCUUUUGAGCAGAUAGUGGCUUGUGUGCAUAUCAACUGAUGUGAAAGGUGCUCAUCUCUGAGCCCUACAGCAAAUUGUAUUCUAGAAAACAUUAGUACUUUAUGAGGAUGUGAAAGAAGCAGUUAGCUUGCACAUUUUAUUAUACUACCUAUGCUGCCAUUUUCACUCCAGAAAAUUGAAAGCAGUUUGACUCUUUUUAAGGAAAAACUAGGUGAAAGGUGGUUGUGUUCAUCUGAUUGGUCACUCUACCUGCCUACCCCUUCACACCUUGGUGCUUUCAUGAAACAUUGCCACUCCUGAAGUGAUCUCUUUUAUCCUUGUGAUAUUAUAUAAAUUAAUGAUGAACAGCAGAAACAUUUGUUUUUGAAUAAUCCACAAAUAAGACCCCCAAAUAGUGGUAUUUGGUUUAGAAUUAGCUCAAAUAUUUUGGUUUAACCUCAGUGCAAAAUUUCCAGGACUGGGCUUUCCUUACACCAAGAGGGUUUUUCAUAUACGAAGGAGAGGAAGAGGUGUGAGUCAAAGAAAAUCAAGAGACCAAAAACUUCAGGUACACGAUGCAUGAAAAUCUUUAAAUGCCUGAAAAAAAUUAAGUUCUGUUUUAAUGCCAACACCCUCAGAAUUUAGCCAAUGUCCCUAGAGGUGACUAAUAAUUUAGUUCAAGGGUUUCUUAUGAGUCCUAUGGGUUGCAUAUUACUUUGCUCUUGAAAAAAAUCAUCUGUUGCUAAGUUUAACAGUUUUAGCUCUCAAUUCCACAUUUACAUGACAGAAAAAAAUUAUUCUAGCCCUGUGGUUUAUGAUGUGCUAUUGGAUAAGUGUUUAUGUAAAACUGAUGUUUCAAAGAGAACCAGUUCUAAUUGGAAUUUGCAACUAAGUGGCAAUAUGCAGAUCUACCUCUGUCUUACAUUGUGCAUCAUAUCAAUACCAUAAUAUAAUUAGUUUGAUCACUUUGUCUUAUUUUUCAAUGUCUAAAAUUACAGUUACUCACCAUGCUGUAAACAUUUGGAAGUAAUGACUGAAAUUUGGCUAAGUAUCCUUUGUGCAGGGGACAGUAAGUGAAAAAAAGCAACCGUCAAGACCCGUCUGAAUGGAAAAUUUCAGUGCUGUUUUUUAAACUCCUGCACUUCCUUUAAGAAUAAGGAAACUUUUAUGUCUAAUUGGAGUUGCUGGCUGGCGAAAAGCUGCCAGUGUUCCUGAGGUUUAUGGGAGCGUGCCACUGUACUUAACGGUUUCUCCAGUUGCGGGGGAAGCCUCUCCUCUACCCUCUUAGAUUCAGUUGUUGAGGCCUGUGAAAUAAACUGACAAAGGACAGAUUAGCAAGAGAAAGGGCAGAUUUUUAUUUACAUAUGUAAAUGGAAGUUCAGAGAAAAAUGUAACUUAAGGCAGAAUUUACAGCUUAUAUACCAUCUUAAUAAGAGAAGGGGACAGCAAGAAAGGGCACUUAGGGGAAAACAAAUGACUUUUAGGAAAGAUAAAUGGGCCCUUAGGAGAAUAGGUAGGAGAAAAGAUAGUUCUAUGACAGUGUCUUUUUAGAUGUGGCACUGAAACUCCCAGGAGAGGAUUUGACAGUUGAGUCCUUUAGGGAGGUUCUGCUUUUAGUCAGAUAAAGGGAAUUCAGGAAAAAAGCCUCUUCCUGCAUCUGUUGAUUCUCAAAUGCAUUCAGCUCGAAAUGUUUUUUAUGCCCCAGCGGUGUAUUCUGGACCCUUUUAUUUCCCCUGUCUAAAACUUUCCAAGAAGUUUCACAGACCAGAAGCCAAGUUGGUGGCUGUAGAGAGAAGAUUCGGGUUAGAAGUUAGGAGAGAAGAGAUCUGUAAAGGGAAGGAAGGCAUAGAUGUAUGGAGAAACAAAAGGAAAAGCAAAAAUUAAUAGUUGGAGCAGAUUAUAUAGACUCAGUUUUUGAGUACAGAGGGCAGUCAAGCCAAAGGAUUUCUAGAUGUUGGUCUUAAGGCAUCUUUAUUUAAGCAGUGGAGUCAGGAUAGUAGUGGCAGUCUCACACACGUGGUUAUUUCCCAGAGCUCAAAGGACCAUGUUCUGGUGAACUUCCUGAGUGGCCCAAACUGUAGUGGUGGUAAAUCCCUUAAAGUUACAUCCAGCUUCAGUUUGCAGGGCUUCAGGAAAAGGGCAGUUUUAGUUCUUAGUAAUGCCAAGUCAGAAGGAUGGUAGAAAAUUGGAAAUGUUAAUUAGUGACAAAAUGCGCAAGAUGGCAGGAUCCAGCUUACAAAGAGGUGAAAAUAGCUCAAGGAGAAUGAACAGGACUAGAAUCUGAUAAUCCACAUGGGUAUAUUAUACUUUUCCAUUGAAACAUAAAAUUUGUCUUUAUAAUCACCCUAGUUUUGUCAAAGGUAAUCAAGGUAAGACGGUUGUUUGCAAAACGAGUCUAGUCUCAUCAAACUUGGCCUGAUUGUUUAUAUAAGUGCAAUGAAAAUAGUAAGUGAUGACACAGGCCUUUUGAACUUUUAUUAGGAAUCCCAGAUGGGACUUUUAAAUUCCUCGAGUCUAGGAAGCCAAGCUGAGAACUUGCCAUCAGACUUCCCUUGCAUGCCUUCACAUUUGGAUGAAUCCCUCCUUCUCCAGGUCCCCAAAAUAUCUUAAGCUUUCUGGUCCUGCCAGGAAGUGGCCUUCCUAACUCACCCGUAAGGCUGGGACCCCUGUAACCCAGGCACUAGGCAGCUUUCCAGGAGGGCUUUGUAAGCACUGGCUCCUUAAAGUCAGCCUUAUUAAUUCCUUAAAACUGGUCAUAUCUAUGCACAUCAUCCUCAAAUAUGACAUUCCAGUCAAAGCCUUGGUAAUAUAAUCAGUGUUUCCAGUUGUGUCCUGUUAACAGGGAGAACAAAUUCUUAUUGAACUUGUUCAAAUAACUAUAUUGCCAUGGAAAUAAGUAUUCAAUAAGAGUUUUUCCAAAUUUUGGAGGGUUCAGACAGGGAGAAAAGAUAAAUGCUUCAUUUUUGUUUACAAAGAUAUGAUCUACUAAAUUGCUGUAAGUGCUAGAUAGCUUAAGAGAAAAGGCAUUCCUUAAGUCCAGAAAAUAGAACAUUAAAGAACCAGUAAUAAGGGACUUCCCUGGUGGCACAGUGGUUAAGACUCCGCACUCCCAAUGCAGGGGGGCCCGGGUUCCAUCCCUGGCCAGGGAACUAGCCAGGACUAAGGAGCCUCAACUAAGGAGGCUGCCUGCUGCAACUAAGGAACCCACCUGCUGCAACUAGGACCCGGCACAACCAAAUAAAUAAAUAUAUAUAUAUAUAUAUAUUUAAAAAAUGAAGAACCAGCAAUAUUCCAAGCAAAAGUCAUAGAAGGAAUCAUAAUCAUUCUUCAUUACUCUACUCAGUCCCAUGUGAUAAAUUCAGGUCUUUCUUGAUUUCGGUUAGCAAUUUCAUGAACCCAUGAGCUUCUCCGUUAGUUCUGGAAAUCCUUAUUAAGUCCAGUGGUGCGAUCUUAAAGUUAUGUAAGCCUGUACCUCAGGGUACCUGUUACAGUCUUUUCCAUGGAUCUCUGAGAAGAUCUUGAAAAUGAAGCCUGUAGCUGAUUACAAGAGUUUUCAGGAAGGCUUCAGAGUAAAACAAUAUCUGUGAAUGAUGAAAAGCUUAAAAUGGCUAUGGUUAAAGGUCUGAUGAGUUCAUUAAAAUGUAGUUGAAAAGGAAAUUUGGUUGACUCUGUGACAUUCAGCAUUUCAAGAUAAAUGGAGUUAUGACAUUAUACCAGGACAUAUCGUGGACAGCUAUGACAUUAACAAACUUCUAGAAAUUUCAUACAGUUCCUGAAAUACUUAUAUUAAUAACACAUACCCAUGGAACUAUAAUCUAGGGAAGGUUAAGCAUCACUUAUUUGACAAUGCUUGCCAUGCAAUUUAACAUAUCAAAUAAACCUAAUUAGUUUAACACCUCUCUUUUUACGAAGUGAGAGAACAAAUCCUUUGAGGUUUUCCAGGGGCCCUCUGGGAAAUCUCAAAGUCAGAGGUCAAGAAGACUUCAUUUAGAAUUUGAUUUGGAGAAGUUGUUAAAAGGUUUGAAUGCUUAAUUAAAUAAUAUUAUAGGUCACUGUGAAAAAAUACUUACCUAUGUAACCAAAGUGACAGUAAUUGCUUUGUCUCAUUAAAUACAGACCAAUAAUCCAAGAAACUCCGUCCUUUUAACAGGGAAUUUCAACCUCUAGUUUUGCAUUUGUACACUAUUGAGCUCUUUGUGUGUGUGUGUGGGGGGGGGUGAAGGCAAGUACAGCAUUUAUUGCAGGCACCAAGCAAGGAGAUCAGGCAGUUCAUUGAGCUCAGUUUUUUAAAAUUAUAAAUAAAUGCAUUCAGUCUUAGCCAGCUUGACCACAUGAAUAAGAUAUUCUCCCCGGCCCCAUUCCCUUCUCUACCUCUCCUCCUCCCCCCACCAUCUGCAGCCCCUUUACAACUUUCUAUACCCAUUCAGGUUUUUGUCUUUACUUUCCUCUUUCUCAUUCUGGUAAACCAUUUGACAACCUCUAAGCAACUACUUUAGGACAAAAUUACUCUCCUUUUUUCUUUAACAAAAACACAUCCUUCAUUUCUUUCAGACCUUUCAAGAUUGCUUUCCUUCUUUAUUUCUAGUAUUUUUAUGUAUAUUGAUUAGAAUUCUUAACCCUUAGUAACCUUAAUUUCCAGUGAAAAUGAGGAAUUAGACAAUUGUGAACUGUCACAUCAGAAUUCUGUAGUAGAUUAACAAAUUUAUGAAUACACCACCUCAAUUUAUAGAAGCAUAUGUUUCUUUUUUUUUCUUAAUUAAUUAAUUUACUUAGUUUUGUCUGAGUUGGAUCUUCGUUGCUGCGCAUGGGCUUUCCCUAGUUGCAGCGAACGGGGGCUACUCUUCAUUAUGGUGCACGGGCUUCUCAUUGUGGUGGCUUCUCUUGUUGCAGAGCACAGGAUCUAGGCAUGCAGGCUUCAGUAGUUGUGGCGCACGUGCUCAGUAGUUGUGGCUUGCAGGCUCUAGAGUGCAGGCUCAGUAGUUGUGGCACACAGGCUUAGUUGCUCCACGGCAUGUGGGAUCUUCCCAGACCAGGGCUCGAACCUGUGUCCCCUGCACUGGCAGGUGGAUUCUUAACCACUGUGCCACCAGGGAAGCCCAGCAUAUGUUUCUUUAUAGUACAGUUUUUGAAUGUGGUAAAAGGACAUGUUUAUCAACAAACCCAAACAUGUUUAGUCCCUCUGUAAAAAUAAGUCAAAAGUAGAUAAAUUUAUGCUUAGUAAUUAAUGUUUCAGUAGUUUAUCUUUUUUUUCAGUAUUUUAUCUUAUUUGGACAUUACCUAGACCCAGAUAAAGACACUUCUUCACUUGAAAUUCACACUGAAGAUAAAACUCUAGCUUUAGACCAUAACCUUUCACCUUGGGUAAUGAAACCUUGACAUAUUUGAGGGAAAGGUGGAAAACAAAGGUGGCAAUCAGAGCAGCUAAGGAGAAGACAGAUCACUAAGGAAUUUAAGCGGUAUUGCUACCUACAGAAUUUCUGCUGUUGUUGAUGCACAUUUGGAAUAAGCAGACUGACCACCGUCUUUACACACUUUAAAUAUCUGGUAUUGUUUCACAAGACCUUCAUUAUCAUUAAAUCAGCAAAUUGCUGCCUGUUUUGAUUGGUAGCUAGCGUAGAAAAUGAUCACAAGAAUAUUUCCUACUAGAAAACCCUAAAACCCACUCGAUUACAGGCCUGCAAGUGACCUAAAAUUGUCCCACUCUGUUUAGCUCAGCAGCUGUCAAUAUUACAGCACCAAUCACAGGUCACACUUUGCUCUCAGUUCCUUUUUAACCCUCAUUACGAGACCUGCUUCAUGGCUUUUAAGGAGCACAGUGUUGCAAUGUGCACCAGAUUUAGUCAUUGGUAAUUUAAAUAUUUACGAAAAUGUCAUAAAGCUUCUGAAACUUCUCUGGCAAAUGUCAGAUCUGCAUAUCAUCACUUUUAAAUCGAGUGUGCAGAAGUAACUCUAAGGUUGCAGCAGAGCACAUUUAUUAGAGAAAUCUUUAAGCACAGAAAUACGGUUCCCUACAAAUAUUCAUCCUGACAUCAUCUGCACCUAAAAGAAAACGAUAAAAGUUCUGUGAUAUCCAGUGGCUCUGGACCAGGGGUUGGUGAACUACAGGCCACAGACGAAAUCCAGUCUGCGGUUGUAUGGCCUGCAAAGUAAGAAUGAUCUUUACACUUUAAAAGCAUUGUUGAAACAUACAAUAAUAAGGAGAGGAGGGGGCUUCCCUGGUGGCACAGUGGUUGAGGAUCUGCCUGCCAGUGCAGGGGACACGGGUUUGAGCCCUGGUCUAGGAGGAUCCCAUAUGCCGUGGAGCAACUGGGCCUGUGAGCCACAACUACUGAGACUGCACAUCUGGAGCCUGUGCUCCACAACAAGAGAGACCGUGACAGUGAGAGGCCUGCACACCGCAAUGAGGAGUGGCCCCCGCUCGCUACAACUAGAGAAAGCCCUCGCACAGAAACGAAGACCCAACACAGCCAAAAAUAAAUAAUUUUUAAAAAAAGAAGAAGAAUAUGUUACAGACGUGUGUGUCCACAAGGCCUCAAAUGUUCACUAUCUCGUUCUGGGAGUUUGCCCCCCAUUCUCUAGACCUUCCGCAAAUAUGGAAGGUCGAAAGUCCUUCCCACUGCACUUCUCCAUAGGGUGAUUCCAGUGUGUAUUUGUCAGAAUGAAAUAUACAUUUGAGACAUCGCUCACUUCUUUGUUGAAUGUAAUCAUAGGGUUUGUGUUUAAAUAUUUACACUAUAAAGUAUUUCUUCAUACCAGUUUUACUAGAUUGGCAACAGCCUGCUGCAAAGUGCCUAAAUCUUUGGGGGAAAUUACAUGAUUUUGUUUUCGUUAUAAAGGAAAUUCCAUUCCCUGCUAUAAAGUCCAAAAAUGCUACUUGCAUUCAGCUUUUGAGUUGAUUUCCAGAAAGAUGAGAUCAUUUGACCAUUUUUUUCUCAUGCCAUGUAAAAUGUGUCAUGUGGUAAUGUCAAGGGACUAAUAAACUAUCGUAGUCGUGUACACAUUUUUUUACUUUCCAAAAGGAGAAGUUCGAAAUCCUUUCCACAAUUAGUACUUGUUUGUUUUGGCUCUUUUAGAACUAAAUUACUCAAUAGCAAUUAAUAAAUGAAUCAUUUUAAGAAAUAGGUAUAAUUUUCGUUUAAUGUAUUAUAAGGCAUUGUUUACUCUCAAACAUUUCCAUACUUUGGAUAUUUCUGAGUCAUUUAUCAGUGUGACCAUUAGGUAAACUUUCCAAGCUAGUACAGGGUUUCCUGGUUUCAUUUUGGUGCAGAUAUUUGUUCUACUAGCAAUUAUUUAAUAAACAUAGGUGGUCGUGAAUCUAUACAAGGAACUAACCAUUUUCAGGUGAUCUCAGACUUGCUUAUUCACUUUUUCUGUUUGAUUUGCCAAUGCCACAGUUAUUUUUCUAGAAGAUAGAAUUGUGUAAUUUUAUACACAAUUCUGCUGUAAUCUAGGCUAUAUGUCAGCAUUAAUCACCUCACUAUAGGUGAAAGUAUUAAAUGAUACUGUUCUGAAUAA